UGGCUGGUACCCGGCGCCGCCAGAAGGGGGCAGCAGCGCGCGGAGCAGCUCGCGAUCAGGCCGGAACACUGCCGGGUAGAGAGCGCAGAAAGAUGGCAGCCGCGGCGGUGGCUGAGUUUCAGAGAGCGCAGUCUCUCCUCGGAACGGACCGGAACGCUUCCAUCGAUAUUUUACAUUCUAUAGUGAAGCGGGACAUCCAGGACACGGAUGAGGAGGCGGUCCGUGUCAAAGAGCAGAGCAUCCUGGAGCUUGGGGGGCUGCUGGCCAAGACGGGGCAAGCCGCAGAGUUGGGGGGUCUGCUGAAGUAUGUGCGCCCCUUCCUCAACUCCAUCUCCAAGGCCAAGGCCGCCCGGCUGGUCCGCUCCCUGCUGGACUUGUUCCUGGACAUGGAAGCUGCCACGGGCCAAGAAGUGGAGCUCUGCCUAGAAUGCAUCGACUGGGCCAAGGCUGAGAAGAGGACUUUCCUCAGACAGGCUCUAGAGGCUCGCCUCGUCUCCCUGUACUUUGACACCAAGUCCUACCAGGAGGCCCUCCAGCUGGGCUCCCAGCUGCUACAGGAGCUGAAGAAGAUGGACGACAAGGCCUUGCUGGUUGAGGUUCAGCUGCUGGAGAGUAAAACCUACCACGCUCUGAGUAACCUGCCCAAGGCCCGAGCUGCCCUCACCUCUGCCAGGACCACGGCCAAUGCCAUCUACUGCCCCCCCAAGCUACAAGCAGCCUUAGACAUGCAGUCAGGGAUCAUCCACGCAGCAGAGGAAAAGGACUGGAAGACUGCAUACUCCUACUUCUUUGAGGCCUUUGAGGGCUACGACUCCAUCGACAGCCCAAAAGCCAUCACAGCUCUCAAAUACAUGCUGCUCUGCAAGAUCAUGCUCAACCUGCCAGAUGAAGUCCAGUCUCUCAUCAGUGGCAAGCUGGCUCUGCGCUACGCCGGCAGACAGACUGAAUCCCUCAAGUGCGUGGCUCAGGCCAGCAAGAAGCGCUCACUGGCCGACUUUGAAGAGACACUGACGGAGUACAAAACGGAGCUGAGGGACGACACCAUCAUCAGCACCCAUCUGACCAAGCUGUACGACAAGCUGCUGGAGCAGAACCUCAUCCGGGUCAUCGAACCCUUCUCCAGAGUGCAGAUUGCUCACAUCUCCUCCCUCAUCCACCUACCUAAGGGCGACGUGGAACGGAAACUGUCUCAGAUGAUUCUGGAUAAGAAGUUUCAUGGUAUUUUGGAUCAAGGUGAAGGUGUGCUGAUUGUCUUUGAUGAACCCGCCGUGGACAAAACCUACGAGACAGCACUGGAAACUAUUCAGAAUAUGAGCAAAGUGGUGGAUUCGCUGUACAACAAAGCAAAGAAGCUCACAUAAGAGCUGCAGAGACGUUGGCCGCCGUGAGCCUACCAGCAAACAUCUGGGCUUCUUUUUCACAGAGAGGAAUCGGACGUCCCGGCUGGAGGGACGCGGCGCCGUCUGUGGAUCUGGCACCGCUGUGCGAGAGCAACGAGGAAUGGAAACCCUUCAAGCCAAAACCACAGAAGAAGAAGCCAACAGGACCCCCUCCUCUAGCAACUACCCCCACCCUUGUUGCUCUCCUCCAGUGUGUUCAGGCGCCGGGCGCCGCCCCGUGGACGUCAUGGCGCUGCACUCUGUGGGGAGAUCUGGACACGCCUCUCUUUGUGCUGGACGUCAACAAUCUGACCUGUAGAAACGUAUCAAACACAAGCGGCAGAGAGACUCUGAGGCUGGAGGUUCCUGUUUGCAGCUGCAGACCUGAAACUGGCUUUUCUAUGGCCCCCCAUGCUGGACGCACUGGUGAGGCCCCCUGCUGACCCCCCCCCUGAACCACAGACUUCCUGUUAGUUUGGAAAGGCCACGCCUUCUUAUCACCUGUGAGACGAGGGGAAAGCCCCACCCGUUGGCCGGUGUGUCCAUGUUUCAGCGGCAGUUCACUGUAAAAAAUCCACCUGUACACAUGUGGGGGGGGACGCUUCAACGGCGCCAACACGGAAGGGGAGGGUGUCUGUGAAUAAAAGAAAUGAACUUCUG